AUGAGUGAUGGUACGGGCGGUACAUUGUUGAAUCAACUGUCGCAACCUGAGGAUCUUGAAAUAGAUCAGUAUCAAAAUCUAUAUAUUGCUGACACUGUUAACAAUCGUAUUGACUAUGUCGUUGUUGCGGGUGGUAAUGGGUAUGGCAGUAAUCAAAAUCAAUUCAAUCAACCAAGUGGUGUUUAUGUUGAUGAACGAACAUUAACCGUUUAUAUAGCUGAUACGUAUAAUAAUCGUAUACAAAAAUGGCUUGAAAAUUCCACAACAGGUAUCACUGUGGCCGGUAUUGAAGAUACCAGUUCGGGAACACAAACAAAUCGACUUAAAUACCCCAUGAGUGGUUUGAUUGUUGAUCGAGAAGGAAACUUAUACAUAAGCGAUACCAAUAAUCAACGUAUACAACAACGGUUAGUAAACGCAACUGAAGGACGAACAAUGGUGGGUAGUGAAGAUGGUAUUGGUAGUGCAGAUUCGAAUAAAUUAAACAGACCCAAGGGGAUUAGAUUUGAUUGGCAAUAUAGUUUAUAUGUUACUGAUAGUGGCAAUAAUCGUGUGCAAAAAUUUAACUUAAUUGACAAUGGUUAA